GUUAUUGGAACAAUAGAUUCCCGAAACUCAGUGAGAACUCCACAGGGUUGGAAGGAGUGAUAGACAAAAACAAAUCCAUUAGUUUACAUUAAUUAAGUUUAAUUUCACUUGUAAUCACAAUAGGAAGAUGUCGGGGCCAUCACAGCACAAGUAUCGUUACAAGAACCAGGGUCUAGACUCUGCAGAGAUGCGGCGGCGGAGAGAAGAAGAAGGUGUGCAACUAAGAAAACAAAAGCGAGAGCAGCAGUUAGCCAAGCGAAGAAAUGUCAAUGACCUUACACCAGGUCUUGGAGAAGAUGAAGCAGUAGAGGUUUCUAUGAACCAGGAGAGUAAUCAACAAGGUGGUGUGGUUGGUGGAAGCCUUAUCACUACAGAAAUGGUCCAAGCCCUCUACAGUGAUGAUGUGGAAGCCCAGCUGAAUGCCACACAAAAGUUCCGCAAACUGCUUUCUCGGGAGCCAAAUCCACCUAUUGAUGAAGUUAUCCAAACGGGCAUUGUUCCAAGAUUUGUUGAGUUUCUCCAAAGGGAUGGCCACUGUACUUUGCAGUUUGAAGCAGCUUGGGCCCUAACCAACAUAGCCUCUGGCACAAGCACGCAGACCCGAAUUGUAAUAGAAGCUGGUGCAGUACCUAUCUUCAUCCGCCUCUUGAGCUCAGAUUUUGAAGAUGUCCAAGAACAGGCUGUUUGGGCACUAGGCAACAUUGCAGGAGAUUCACCAGAUUGCCGUGAUUAUGUUUUGUCUGAAAAUAUUCUUAUGCCUCUAUUACAGCUCCUCAGUAAAUCCACUCGACUCUCAAUGACAAGGAAUGCAGUUUGGGCACUCAGUAACCUGUGCCGAGGAAAGAACCCACCACCAGACUUUGCCCGUGUAUCCCCAUGUCUCCCAGUUCUGUCCCGUCUACUCUUCCAUAGUGAUGCUGAUGUAUUAGCAGAUGCCUGUUGGGCUCUUAGUUACCUUAGUGAUGGACCCAAUGAAAAGAUUCAGGCAGUUAUUGAUGCUGGUGUAUGCCGCAGACUUGUGGAACUCUUAAUGUUUAAUCAGCACAGUGUUGUUGCAGCUGCCUUGAGAGCAGUAGGAAAUAUUGUAACUGGAGAUGAUGUUCAAACACAGGUAAUCCUUAACUGUUCUGCCUUGCCAUGUCUGCUACACCUGCUAGCAUCCCCCAAGGAAUCCAUCCGAAAAGAAGCAUGCUGGACCAUUUCAAAUAUCACAGCUGGCAAUCGCUCUCAGAUUCAAGCUGUGAUAGAUGCAAACAUAUUUCCUGUUUUGAUUGAGAUCCUUGGCAAAGCUGAAUUCAAGACCAGGAAGGAAGCUGCAUGGGCCAUCACCAAUGCCACUUCUGGUGGAACACCUGCACAGAUUAGAUACCUUGUUGAACAGGGCUGUAUACCACCUCUCUGUGAUUUGCUAACAGUCAUGGAUGCCAAAAUUGUCCAGGUGGCUCUUAAUGGCAUCCAGAACAUUCUUCAGCUUGGUGAACAAGAAGCCAAGACAACAUUUGGUGUCAAUCCAUAUGCUGUGUUAGUUGAGGAAUGCUAUGUAUGAAAUCUAUAGUAAAGGCAACCUUUGGUUUGUUAACUUUUGCAUUCUAAGUAUUUUACUUCUGCUCAUCUUGAACUUAGCCAUUUUCAGUGAGGCAUAUAUAUUGCAAUUGUAGCAGUAUAUGAUGCCCUUGUGAUAGUGAAGGUAGUGAUAGUGUUUAUGAUAGUGAGGGUAGUGAUAGUGUCAGUGAUGCUACUGUAUUACUCUGUAUGAAUGUGGCACUUGAGUAAAUGUUGAGUAUGAGUAAAUGAUGCUCCCUGACCCA